AUGGCAUCGCCGUUGCCGUCUGAUCAUAAGGCCACCAUAAUCGACGGCAAAGCAAUCGCACAGACCAUCCGAUCUGAAAUUGCCUCCCAAGUCCGCCUUCUUUCCCAGAAUUACAGCAAGGUUCCAGGGCUGGCUGUAGUCAUUGUAGGAAAUAGGAAGGACUCUCAAAGCUAUGUGAAUAUGAAGAGAAAGGCAUUGCUGAAGUUGGGAUUAAGUCCUUUGAUAUUGAUCUGCCAGAGCAA